AUUUUCUUCCAGUACGUUGCGAUGCUUGUUCCGGAACCUUUUGUUUACAACAUUUCACUUAUGAAGGACAUAAUUGCAAGAAUGCCUACAAAAAGAAUGUUCAAGUUCCCAUCUGCCCCAUUUGCGACAGGCCUGUACCCACGCCGAAAGGUGUUUCUCCAGAUGCUCAGGUUAAUGAACAUAUUUUGAAUAAUUGUGCUGCUAGUGCGAAGAAGAAGGUUUAUGUAAAUAAAUGUUCUGUAAAGGGAUGUAAGAAGAAGGAGGUAAGGUUGCCGUUUCUUUUUCUAAUAGUGUAUUAUUCACUUUUUUGUGCUAGAAGUGACUAUUUUAGCUUGUCCCCAUCCGCUGCCCAAAUUGUAAGUACAACUUCUGCCUUGCUCAUCGACAUGAAAGAGACCAUGAUUGCGAACA